AUGUAUGAAACCGCGCGUAUCUACAGGGAGGGGGUUGAUAUCAUCCCUCCUCACCCAGGCACCGAUUGGACUCGCUUUGUCUGCAUCUCAGAUACACAUUCUCGUACCUUUCACAUACCCACCGGUGACGUUCUGCUGCAUGCUGGCGACUUGAGUAGCUGGGGUAGUCUUUCGCAAUUGAUUAUCACAGUCGAAUGGUUGAAAUCAUUGAAUCACCCCAUCAAAAUGUGCAUCAUGCUAACUUGCAAUGGGCUAAGCAUGGUCGCAGGCAAUCAUGACGUACUCGAGCUAACAAAGAAUCAAUACCAGGAGGUCCAGCAAGCACGAACCUAUGUACGGAGUCAAACAGCAGCAGGUCUGCACUACAUUGAACACGAACCCUUUCGAUUCAUAUUACCCUCGGGGCGCGAAUGGAAGGUCCAUGGCUCACCGGCUGCUCCAUUAUACGCUCAAGGAUCAUUUCAGUACGAGACUACAGACGAGGCACGAGCGAUUUAUAACCGUAUACCCUACGAUACGGAUAUCUUGAUCACACACACACCUCCUUUCAUGACUCUGGACAGAACAAGGAAGGGUAAGCACGCUGGAUGCUACGUCUUGUCGAACAAAUUAGCGGAACUGCGGAACUGCCGGCUGCAUGUCUUUGGCCACAUUCAUGAAUGUGCUGGAGCGCAAAUCAAUAACCACGACCCAUUCAGAUUGGUUGACAGAGUGUCCGUGAAUGCAGCCAUGGCCGUGACAAAGAGAGCGAUCGUUGUAGACCUACUGAAUUGA